UAGUUGGCAAUUCUCACAAAAUCCAACGGAUUUUAUUAAAAUAUAACUAUAAAAUCCUAUGUAAUCAUAUCAAUCUUCCUUACUUAAGCCCUAACCUAAAUUAAAUCAUCCUCCUUUCUCUUCGGCCACCUGUCGCCUUCUUCUUCCUUCCUUCCUUCCUUCCUUUCUUUCACUCUUUCUAUAACAAAAGAAAAGGCAGAACCCCUUUUUCUCUUGACCGUCCUACUUUUUUCCUCAUCCCGAAACUGACCCUAAUAUUCAUCUAACGUCUAUCCUCCUCUUUCGCUUUGAUGCCCGACAUGUUUUUUUAAUGUCUUUAUGGACGUGAUCCCUCCCGACUUUGCCUGUCACCACCACUAAUACGCGUCUUCCGCUUCUGUGCCGCCGUCUCCACCUCCGCCGCUCAUGGAGGAUGUCGAAUUCCAAGCCUCCGCCCCUUUUCACUCUAUUCCCAAAUUCAUCGCUGGCGCUAUUUCUGGCACUCUCACAGGCCUCUUUGCUCUAGCUGGAGCUUUUACAGGAGCAAUUACGGGUGCUUUUGCUGGUAGGGCUUCUGAUUGUGGUGUGCUACGAGGAGCUGGACUCGGUGCCAUUGCUGGGGCUGUCCUAUCUGUAGAGGUUUUGGAGGCUUCUCGUGCUUACUGGUGUUUGGAACGCUCUGGUUCUCGGGGCGAGUCAUCUAUGGCGGACUUUAUAGAGGAGCUUCUUCGUGGGAGGUUUUUCGAGGAACAAUUUACCCCAGCAAUGUUAGCUGCUUACCACUGGCAGGUAAGUAUUGCUAGCAUAAACUACGAUGUAACUGAUGCCUAUGGCAAAGCUGUAUCCAAAGGUUUGUCAGGAGAGUCAUUGAAGAACUUACCUUGUCAUGUGAUCAAGGAUGAAAUCAAGGCAACACCGAAUCUCUGCUGCUCUAUAUGCUUGCAGGAUAUCGUAACUGGGGAAGUUGCAAGAAGCUUGCCCCAUUGCCACCACACAUUUCACUUGGCAUGUGUGGACAAGUGGCUCAUCAGACAUGGUUCAUGCCCUGUAUGCAGACGGGAUGUGUAGGUUUAUGUUAGUUCUUGUUUGUACAGAAAAGAUGUUGAGGUUAAAUAGCUAGCUCAUGUACAUGUAAUGCGUUUGUGUUGAUGAAAAAGAUGGCAUUUUUAAAUUUAAUCGUUAUGUCCUUGAAGGGGACUUUCAUAAGAUGAGAGUGUUAUUGUCCUAGCCGAGCAUAGAGCAUUGAAGUUGAAGAAGUCAUCCCUUUUAUAUAUA